AUGUCUGUCAACGAUGAUUUCGAGACUCCGGGCCUUGUAGCUCCUGAUCCAGAUGAGCAACUUGAUCCCAUUGGAAAUUUGACUUAUGCCGUUCUUGACGAUUCAUUUUACAACAUUCUGCACGACCUGGUCUUUGAAACUUUCCGGGAAGAGAAGCUGUUGAGAGCUUCAUCUGCUGCCAUUAUUGUCGAGCAGAAAGCCACCCUGGCUGCCGAGGAUGACCAGUCUGUCAUCGAGACGGAUGGGGCUUCGUGGGAGAAUGGCGUUGCGUACCUGAAAGGCAACCCGCUACAAACUACAGCCUCGAAGGAGAUCCGCUGUCCCAAGUGCGGUCUCCUUCGCCUUCUACACCCGACGGACGGCAAUGGUGGCAGGAAACCGGCGCUGGAGGUUCAAUACUGCACAAAGCAUCCGUUCAUCAAUAAACCAUACCAUGAUGUCUACGGACAAGCAUAUGUACCAGAGGGCCCCGGGCGGGGCAAGAAGAAGAAAGACAUGAUCAAUCCUCUGAAGCAGCAGAAAGAGAGCACUCCGAAUGGAAGUCAAGACGGGGAAAAUACAUCACCAACUCCAGGUGAUGAGGAAGAGAAACAACCAAUAAACUUCCCGUCGUCCAAAUGCAACAAUUGCGGCAUGCACGUCCCAAUCAGACGCAUGAACAAUCACAUGGCAAAGUGUAUUGGUGGUUUUGGUCGGCAGUCCUCGCGAGAUGCAAAGGCUAAGAUGGCGACCGGCAAUGGGGCCGGUAGCCAAAAUGGCUACACACCUCCGGGUAGCCGUAACUCCACUCCUGUCCCUACGGCCCCGACAAGCAAGAACGGUCGCACAAGUCCUGCCAAACGCGAGGCAGGCGAUGACUUUGACUCUGAAGAAUCUCCACAGAAGAAGAAGAAGCCCUUGAAGAAGAGUGCGGCAAACAAGUUGAAACUUCAAGCUCCGAAGAUUUCCAGGAACCCAAGUCAGCACUCGGCCAGUGGGCUUAGUUUCGAGUCAAAGCCUCCUGCGAGCGACGAUGAGGCACUCGGUGAUGACGGGGACGACGAUCGUGAUGGUGAUUUCAACGAGAAGUCGAUAUCCGUGGACCCUAAGAAGAGGAAACUCACGAAGCCGGUGAAGAAGUUGACGACCAAACCAAAGAGCAAAUGGCUCUAUGGUAGUGGCUCUACAGCUGCGGCCAAUCUUCCCAGUAUGCCGCCAGAGCCCGUCAAAUUGAAACUCAAGACUAAUAGUGGCGAGGGUAAUGGGCAUUCGAAGCAAGCCAGAGAAGUUUCAGGUAGCAGAGAUAGCAGCCAAACGUUGAGCUCGUCGAGUUAA